AUGAUGUGCAGCUACCCCCCAUCGUCCGGAUACCCAGAUAAUGCACAAAUUAGUGGAUCGGAGAACUGGUCGAUCAAUUCAAAUCAGUCUUAUGGUGUCGGGGAUACUUUCGUCCAAAAUGAGCAUCAUAGACGAUGGCUUGCACAACAAAACUCUGAAUAUGCGCGUCGUGAAAGUCGCGGAGACGUUCGAGGUCGUCCUUCCCAGACGCGUUCCUUGCCACAGCAGCUCCCUGUUCAACAAAACUUUUCAUCCUCCGGGUACCUUGGUUCUGCCCAGGCGCCCCGGCCUUCGUCCUUUCCCAACCCAAACGCUAGAGAUUCCGUCGUCAGUUCUAAUUCAAACUGGGUACCAUGGGACAUGGAUACCGAACCUCCUUUACUGAGUGGUACCCGUUUUAACAAUGGGCCAUCCUCUUGGAAUAAUCAGCAGCUGAAUGUUCAGAUACCGCAAUUUACCCAGCCCUUCAGCGAUAUGUUGUAUUCGUCGUCGGAUUCUUCCUCCGCCACUCUGUUUACACCACCCAGUGACCAAGCCAUUCCUCUCAAUGGAUAUGCCUUCCCCCAUCGCUUCUCCCCGGGUCUCUCUCCUUCCCCAUCCCCUGUUCAUCACGGAUCAACGACUUCGACCUCCUCGUCAUCCCAAGCAAGCCACUCUCGCCGACAAAGUGAAGAUCGGUCAGACACCGGAAAGAGCUGUUCACAUUGCCACGCCACUUCAACUCCUCUAUGGAGACGAGAUCCGUCCACAAUGAAACCUCUUUGUAAUGCUUGCGGCCUAUACCUACAACAACGAAACAAACUUCGGCCUCAGGAGCUCAUUGACGCCGAUGAUGAUGGAAGCACUUCAGACGAGUCUGAUGUGAACUACGUCGGUCCAGAAUGCAGUCAUUGUCGGACGCAUCAUACAUCGGUGUGGAGACGAAGCAAGACAGGGGAACAGCUGUGUAAUGCUUGUGGAGUCUACCUACGCCUUCGUGGAAAACCCCGACCUCUCUCGCUGAAGCGAAAUAAAAUUCGUCCAAGAUCGAAACAUUUGCCAAAAUGA